ACUGUCAGUGGGAGAGAGCUCCGAGGAGGGGAAGGCCAGGCCAGGCAAGCGCGCGCGCUCUCGCUCUCGCUCUCGCUCCCUCUCGCCUCUGCCGGCUGCCUUACUCUGCCUUGCGGUGCCGUCCUUGUCAUUCGCAGGCCCCGAGCCGCCGCCAUGGAGACCCCUGGGCAGAAGAGAGGCACCCGGAGCGGGGCCGCCUCCACGCCGCUCUCGCCCACCCGCAUCACCCGCCUGCAGGAGAAGGAGGACCUGCAGGAGCUGAACGACCGCCUGGCCAUCUACAUCGACAAGGUGCGCUCGCUGGAGUGCGAGAACGCCGGCCUGCGCCUCCGCAUCACCGAGUCCGAGGAGGAGGUGAGCCGCGAGGUCACCGGCAUCAAGUCGGCCUACGAGGCGGAGCUGGCCGACGCCCGCAAGACCCUGGACUCGGUGGCCAAGGAGCGGGCCCGCCUGCAGCUGGAGCUGAGCAAAGUCCGCGAGGAGUUCAAGGAGCUGAAGGCCAGGAACACCAAGAAGGAAGGGGACCUGCUGGCGGCCCAGGCCCGCCUGAAGGACGUGGAGGCCCUGCUGAACUCCAAGGAAGCCGCCCUCACCACCGCCCUGGGGGAGAAGCGCAACCUGGAAGGCGAGGUCCGGGAGCUGAGAGGCCAGCUGGCCAAGUUGGAAGCUGCUCUGGCCGACGCAAAGAAGCAACUGCAGGACGAGAUGCUGAGGCGGGUGGAUGCCGAGAACAGACUGCAGACCCUGCGGGAGGAGCUCGAGUUCCAGAAGAACAUCUACGGCGAGGAGCUCCGCGAGUCCAAACGCCGCCACGAGACCCGCCUGGUGGAGAUUGACAACGGGCGCCAGCGCGAGUUCGAGAACAAGCUGGCCGACGCCUUGCAAGACCUGCGGGGCCAGCACGAGUCCCAGGUCAGGCUCUACAAGGAGGAGCUGGAGAAGACCUACAGCGCCAAGCUGGAGAACGCCAAGCAGUCGGCCGAGAGGAACAGCAGCAUGGCCGGGGCGGCCCACGAGGAGCUGCAGCAGACCCGCAUCCGGAUCGACAGCCUGUCGGCUCAGCUCAGCCAGCUGCAGAAGCAGCUCUCUGCCAAGGAGGCCAAGUUGCGUGACCUGGAGGACGCCCUAGCGCGGGAGCGCGACACCAGCCGCCGGAUCCUGGGUGAGAAGGAGCGGGAGAUGGCCGAGAUGCGGGCCCGCAUGCAGCAGCAGCUGGACGAAUACCAGGAGCUGCUGGACAUCAAGCUGGCUCUGGACAUGGAGAUCCACGCCUACCGCAAGCUCCUGGAAGGGGAGGAGGAGAGGCUGCGCCUCUCCCCAAGCCCCACCUCCCAGAAGAGCGGCAGUGGUGGUGUCCGCAGCCGGGUCUCCCACUCCUCCGGGCAGGGCUCCUCCAAGAAGCGGAAGCUGGAGGACGGAGAGAGCCGCACCAGCUUCUCCCACCAUGCCCGGACCAGCGGCCGCGUGGCCGUGGAGGAGGUGGACCUGGAGGGGAAGUUCGUCCGUCUCCGGAACAAGUCCAGUGAGGACCAGUCGCUGGGCAACUGGCAGAUCAAGCGCCAGAACGGAGAAGAGGCCCCCAUCUCCUACAGGUUCCCCCCCAAGUUCACCUUGAAGGCUGGCCAGGUGGUGACGAUCUGGGCCUCGGGGGCCGGGGUGACCCACAACCCUCCCACCGACAUGGUCUGGAAGAACCAGAGCUCGUGGGGAUCCGGAGACAGCCUGCGGACUGCCCUCCUCACCUCCGCUGGAGAGGAAGUGGCCAUGAGGAAACUGGUGCGCACAGUGGUCAUCAAUGAUGAAGAUGACGAAGAGGAUGACGAUGAAGGUGGCCUCCACCGCCACCACCACCACCACCAUAGCCACUGCAGCAGCUCCGGCGACCCGGCCGAAUACAACCUGCGUUCCCGCACCGUGCUGUGUGGCACCUGCGGGCAGCCGGCGGAGAAGGCCGGAGGCACCAACGCGGCGGCGGCUGCCGCCACCACCACCAUGUCCUCGGGCGGCUCCUCCUCCUCCAGCCUCACCAUCACGCGCAGCUACCGCACCGGAGGCCCCGGCCUCGGAGAGGGCCUCCUGCCCCGUACCUACAUCCUGGGCAGCUCCAGCCCACGCCAGCAGGGUCCUCCGGCAAACUGCAGCAUCAUGUAAUCGUCCGGUCCUCUUCUCCCCCCGCCCCCCCCCCCUACGCUCACUGCCUGCUGUAUGAAGCUCUUUGUUCUUUACAUGCACAGGAGAAAAAGAAAAGAAAAAAAGGAAAACAUUUUUAAAGAAGUUAUUUUCUACA